AUGGUUAAGCUAGUUUUUCAUGGGAAUGUACUGUCGCCACCGGCCAGAACUCCUUUGUGGGUGCUGAAGACUUUAGGAGUUGAGCAUGAGUUUAAGCAUGUUGCAAUUUUUACGGAGAGUAGAAGUGAGGAGUAUACAUCGAAGGUUAAUGUUUUUGGACAGGUUCCUGCUCUUGAAGUUGAUGGUACUUUUAUAACCCAAAGCAGUACUAUCAUCAGAUAUCUUGCUAACGAGUUUGACAAAGAUGGCAUUAUUCUUCCAUCAGGCGACCACCUAGAAAGAGCUAAAGCUGAAGAAAUCUUAGACAUCGGUGCUACUACUGUGAGGAUGAGCACCCUUAAAGCUAUUGGACCAAUCUUUGCAGGACCUAAGUAUUUUGGGCUAGAGAAAGUAUCGGAGGAGGAAGAGAAGAAAUUGAUUGAAGAAGUUCAAGCAACCUUUGGUAAAUUGAACACUAAGCUUGGAGAUAAGCCCUACUUUACAGGGGAUAAGCUGACUGUUGGAGAUGUGUAUAUCUUUAAUGACCUCCAAACUACUCAAUUUAUCCUCAAAAUUGAUCUAUCUGAUCAUCCACAGCUAAAUGCUUGGUAUGAAACAGUUUCUAAAGAUGAGAUCGUUGCGGAACUAUCAAAAGAGAUGUUUGAUAUAAUCUCCCAGAAAGAGUAAAAUUGGUAUAAUUGUUCGCA